UAAUUAUUAUAGUUACAUCUGCUAAUGGCAUGUUUCUUAUCGCAGAAAUUGCUAUAUAAUAGUCAGAGACACAACUCAAAAGCACAUUGCACACACUUGGCUACAAGUUGUAAGUUUCUACUUUCCAGAACCAGAAAAACGAAAAAUAUUAAGAUGAGGAGCUUCAUCAUCAUCACGGUGCUGUCAGCACUCGCAGCCUGCUAUGGUGCUAACCUUCCCAGCGAGGAGUUUUCCAAAGGUUUCACCAUAGUGUUCGAUGACUCGGCACCUAACGGUAGGACUAUGUCCCCGGUAGAUAUGAAGAUUAGUUGGGAAGGCUGGACUUUAUUGUCCCAAGGAACAUACAUAGUGCCCGCGAUUGCAGGCGAGGUACAAAGCAUCACCAAGGUGUUCCAGCCCGAAGCUGAUGUCAGGAUCAGCGGAUUUUCUAUAGCUUAUAACGAAUAUGCACUACCAUCGUAUACCCCAUUACCAAAUAAUGCUAUGAAUAUCACGCUGACCUCAAUUCCUGGUGAAGGAAUCCACUGUUUUAUUUCUAUUUACAGUCAAUAGAA